CCUGCUUGUGUUGAAUCAUGUGCUCCUGCAGCAGCAGCAAUAUGGCGGGACUGAGACGCGCUGACAUGCUGAAAUACAGCAGAAGCUCCUGCUGGAUCUGUGCUGUGUUCCUGAUGCUUGCGGCUCGUGUCGUCGCUCAGACGGACGCCAGUAAUGUACUGACGGUGGCCGACGCAAACUGGACGCUCAUCUUGCACGGCGAAUGGAUGAUCAAAUUUUAUGCUCCGUGGUGUCCGGCCUGCCAACAUUUACAAACAGACUGGGAGAGUCUUGGAAGACAAAGUGAAAGUCUGGGAAUAUCAGUGGGCAGGGUUGACGUUACACAACAACCAGGUCUGAGUGGGAGGUUUCUGGUUACAACACUGCCGACUAUAUUUCAUGCUAAAGAUGGCAAUUUCCGCAAAUAUGUUUCAUCACGUACUAUUGAGGAUAUUGAGGCGUAUGUUGUGCAGAAGAAGUGGGAAAUGGUUGAGCCGGUGCCAGGAUGGAAGUCUCCAUCCUCUCUUCUAAUGUCAGGAAUGGCUAAUCUCUUUCGUCUUUCCGUGUGGAUCAGACAAAUCCACACGUACCUGACGAAUACUCUCGGUAUCCCUUCCUGGGGCUCUUAUGUGAUUUUUGCCAUCAUUACGCUCUUUAUGGGACUGAUGCUCGGCCUGAUGCUGGUUUUGAUCGCUGACUGCAUUUGGCCGUCCAGACCCAAGCACAGAGAAAAAACAGUUACAGAGGAAGAGGAAGAGGUGGAGGACAUCCUGACGGAGGAGAAACGCACAUCUGACCUGGACAAUGAGAGCGAGCGAGUGUCUGGUGAUGAGUCGACCGAUGAGGAAGGAGUGAUGAGUGAUGGAGCCACCGCUGGCAGUGACCAGCCUCCGCCAGAGGGGGCAGCAGAGAGUUCAGUGAGGAAACGCAAACCACUGGAGCAGAACACUACCGAGGGAACAUAAAGUCACUGCAGUUGCCACCAAAAACAAGAGCAAUCUGCCAUAUCUGUAGGAUAUGCAAAGCAACGCCAGCUAUCAGCUGAUUUCUGCUGAUUUCAUACAUGCAGAACGUGGUUUGCCCAUUCAGUGCUUUCCUCACGUUUUACCUGCGGUUUAAUUCAGUUUAGUUUUUAAGAAUAGUUGCUUAAAUUAAUUGCUGAAAGAUACCAAACAUUGACAGUUUUAUAUUUUCUAUAAAUGGCAAAAAUAUGAAUGUGCAUAAAUAGAAUAAUUUUAAUGCUGAGGUUGCAAAAAUACCAUGUUUACAGUGUAUUAGGAUGAAUAUCUAAAAAAUUUCACUUUAAAAAACAGAAGAAAAGUGCAACCUGUUAAUGUAUAAUUAAUAGUGGUUAUCCUUUUUUUUUUUUUACAUUUUGACAUUGUUUAUGCUGAUUAAGCACAUACAGCAUCCCAUGGUACAUAUAUUGUACAUGUGACACUGAAGACUGGAGUAAUGAUGCUGAAAAUUCAGCUUUGCAUCACAGGAAUAAAUUUCCUUUUAAAAGAUAUUCAUAUAGAAAAAAAGCUAUUUUAAAUUGUAAUACUUUUUCACAAUAUUACUACUUUUACUCUAUCUUUAAUCAAAUAAAUGCUGGCUUGGUGAGCAAAAGAGUCU